UGGUAUAAAUUGAAAAAAUAUAUCAUGGAACGCUCAGUUGCAUUUAAGACACUAUAAUCGGUAACAAUGAAAGUGAUUUUUCCUCUAGUAAUCUUAUUUUUAAAUUUCUGUAAUAGUGAUGCUAAAAUAUCAGAAUCACUAAAAGUUACAUUGCCUCAUGGAGGAGGAAUUACUGGACGAUAUUUGACAUCCUUUCGUGGACAUGGAAUUCGGGCUUUUAUGGGAAUCCCCUAUGCUGAACCACCAGUUGGAAAUUUAAGGUUCAGCAACCCGGUUCCCAAAAGUCCCUGGAGUGACUAUUUGCAAACAGUGUCUAAUGAUGUGAUAUGUCCCCAGCCUAACUUUUUGAUGGAAGGGCAAGGAAGCAGUGGAAAAGAAGAUUGUCUAUAUUUAGAUGUUUAUGCACCACAGUUUCCAAAUACUUCUGAACCAUUGCCCGUAAUGGUUUACAUGCAUGGAGGAGGCUGGUCUCUGGAUUCAGCCUCAUUCUACAGGCCAGAUUUUUUCUUGGAUCAUGAUGUCAUCUUAGUGAUUGGAAAUUACCGCUUAGGUGCUUUGGGUUUCUUAUCAACCAAUACGAGUGAUAGCCCAGGAAAUUUUGGAAUUAAGGAUCAAGUAGAAAUACUCAAAUGGGUUCAGGCAAAUAUUGGUGUUUUUGGUGGUAAUCGAGAUCAAGUAACAAUAUUUGGAGAAAGUGCUGGAGCUGGAUCUGUGGCAUAUUUACUUACUUCUCCGUCUACCAAAGGAUUGUUUCACAGAGCUAUAGCUCAAAGUGGAAAUUAUUUUGACCCAUGGGCUUUCUUGGAUAAUUCACUUGUCCUGGAGAGAACUAAGAAAUAUGCAAAUGUUUUGGGAUGUACACUAAAAGAUGAGAAUUGGAAUGAGUUGGUGGUAUGUCUGCGUGGAAAAUCUGUUGAUGAUUUAGUGAAAUUUUCAAACGAGCUAAGUGAAUGGGAUACAGAGCCUGUAGUAAAAUUUCCACCAACAAUUGAGUAUGAUACAAAAGGUGGUGUUAUAUUUGAAAACCCGAAAAACAUUAAAGAGAAUCAUGGCUUGAAAAUUCCUUUGUUAAUUGGAUUAACACGUGAUGAAGGUCUAGCCAGAUCUGCUGGUAUUAAAAGCACACCACGUCUUGCUGAUGAUCUGGAGAAGAGAUGGGAAGACAUUCUUCCAAUUAUACUAUCGUACAAUAUAUUAGAUCAACAAAAGCAAGUGGAAUUUACAAAGGCAAUUACUGAUUUCUACUUCAAAGGAAACAAAGGACGAGCCGCAAUUGAAAUGACCCAAAAUUUUACUAAUAUGUGCACAGAUUUUAUGUUCUUCAAGGGAUUUAACGAAUAUCUGCAACAACGCUUAGAACUAUUUGAAAAUGCGGCACCAACUUUUGUUUAUAAAUUUGCGCAUAGCGGAGAAGGAACCUUUACAGACUUAUGGUAUGGACCAUCUGAUGAAAACUUUGGUGUUAGCCACGUCGAUGAUCUUUUAUAUUUAUUCCCAUUGCUCCACAAGCCUAUCUUUCAAUCUGCACCAAGCAAAACGGAUAUUUUUAUGCAGGAAACUAUGGUGAAGUUGUGGGUUAAUUUCGCCACAUCUGGGAAUCCUACUCCUGUGGAGAAUGUGGAUGUUGAUUGGACCCCAGCUAAUAAAUUUCCGCUCGAUUAUUUACGAAUAGGAAAUUAUGGAAAUCCCAAUGAGCCGCUAUUUGCUAUGGAGAAAGACUUUUGGCCUGAGAGAAGUGACUUUCUAAAACAUCUGUUUGAAAAAAAUCAUUAGGUUUUGCUGAUUAAAGCUUUUAUUCAUUUAA